AUACCUAAAUAAUUUAAAUACAGAUUUAUAUUUAUUGACCAUAUCGACAGUUGCUAAUAUUGAGAGUGGGGAACGCGAACUCUGCAAAGAAAGAUCUCAUUUAUAAAUAUAUUAUAUAUAUAUAUAUAUUACUCUAUCCCUUUUGCAUAGGUGAAGUCAAGUAGAGAAUAAUUUGUACAGGAUGUUUAAACCCAAUGUAGAGUUUCAGUAUCUUCAAAACAUAAAUUCCUAUGUGGAAUCCCUGCGCUUGGGCUAUGGAUCAAUCAUACGCUUAUGUAUUCACUCUUCUGUGUAUUACGGAAGCAGGGGGUUUAUACGAGAAAAAAUCUUAGGCAAAAAAGGCGGACUCGAGACCAGUGAGCGAGAUGCUAUUCGUUACCUGCUUUCGAUGAUAGCUGAGGUGGGAAUUUCGAUGCUUUGGGUGCCCGUCCAAUACCUUGCCGCGAUCAACACGCCGCGCUUCUUGCUGGAUUACAUGCUGACCAACUGGUCUGAUGUGCUCUCCAAGAUCGACAGGUUCCAAUCAAUCCGCUAUGCGAGCUAUGCGUCGUACGCGUUCUCCAGCGACCCCGAUUCGGAGUGGAACCUCGAUUUCUUUUCUUGGCAGGUUCCAUCGGUCAUCUUGACGGUGGCGAAAUUAGUUAUGCGUCGUCGCCGGAUUGGCGCGCGAACGGGUCGCGUGGUGCUUGCGCUUCUCGUGCAAAUCGUGCUGCGCGCCUACUGCUCCACCUUUUCAGUCAUGAUCCCGGAGACAGGGACGGAGGUCUUUGAAGCGAUACUCGCCACUUUACUGGAGGGCAUGGUAACAUCGUACCUCGUGCGUAGUACGUGGCCUUUCCACCUUGAUGGAUCCUCUAAGGGGUCGAGUGUCGUUACGGAUACCAUGAGUAUGGAGGACCUCGAUGCGCAUGACGCACAUGAGGGGAGCCGCUUUCACGGCUCAAAUUUUCCUAACUCAGCUGAAGUGACACUUGAUGAACUAGGGCAGGAUAAGGAAUGAGAAGCCUUUGCUCAUUCGGUGCUUUUGGAUACCAACUUUUACGUGUGGGACACACGCACGCAUAAUCAUCAAAAUCGAAAGAACGAUGAGUAUUUGAUAAGUUUUAGUUAGACGAUAAAUUUAUUUGGUUGUGUCUGAGUAUCUUUUCCACGUAUCAUAGGGUGUGUAUACUUUUACACAUACGGGAAAUGGAAUCAUCUCUGGAAAGAGUCUAACUUCUAUAUCUACUUAUUCACCCGUUGGCCAAUGAGACAUAUUUAUGUUCUCUUAAUGUCCAUAUUUUUAUCUUUCCGAAUACCGUUGCUGUUUUAUGCUUUUUUUCUCUAAAAUAUCUAUCGACAUACUUAAUUCUUUUGUGAUCGAAGAUAUGGAAGUUUCAAAGUGUCACUUUCUUCAGUGUUUCGAAUGCCUCACUGGAAGAAAAGGGGAGAAAGGAUAACACUUUGCUUCUGACUAAAGCAUGCUUUCUGCGGAUUCCAUGCCGCAU